UUUUAAAUUUAUUUAUUAAAAAAAUUAUUUUUAAAAAUAUGAAAAAUUUAAUUAUUAUUUUAAUAUUAAUUUCUGUAUUUUUUGAAAUUAGUUUUGGGCAAGGGGGAAGUGUGCCCCAGCUUUGUUUCCAAAAUAGUCAAAUUGGGACUUUUUGUGGAAAUAACCGUAGAUCUGUAACUCGUUGGCAUUUUGUAGCUAGGGAGAAUGCUUGCAGGUCAUUCAAUUUUAAUGGAUGUAAUGGAAAUUGUAAUAAUUUUUUGAGUCAACAAACUUGUGAAUUUGCUUGUAAGGUGAAGAAAUUAAUUUAA